AUGCUUUUUAAGCAAGUAACUCAAUCUAAUAAAAUCGUUAAGCGCGGCCGAGGCCGUUUAAAAAAUUUUUUUUUUGCUUUAGCUAUUGCUGCUAUUACAGCUGCGGCGGCUGCGGCGGCUGCGGCGGCUAUACUACGCACUUUUACUUUCGAAGCUUCGCUUUUUCUUUUAAACCUUUUUAUUAAGCGUUUGCUUAUGCUAACGACCGUUAAAGCUUUAAACAAUUGCACCGUUGCUUUUGCCGUUGCUAAUACCGCUUUCGAUAACUUCCUCGCUUUAAAUGCUGCUUUUUUAAGAAGUGCUGCUAGUAGUCCGAGCGAUCUAGCGAGUAGAACGAACUGUAGUCCGAUGACGCGGAGCGCUUCGAGCAUAUUACCUUUUCCUUUUGCGCUUGCGCUAGCCGCUUUUAUUGCUUUCGUCGCUCUCGCUGCUCUCGUCGCUUUCGCAGUUAUCGUCGCUUCCGUUGUACUUAUUAUCGUCGCUUCUUUUGCGCUAGUCGUUGCGCUUACCGCUUUCGCGGCGGCGCUCGCUGUUGCUAUGACUCUUGCAGAGCGCCGGGCUAAAGUGAAAAGAUUGCUAAAUGCUUUAGUCGAUCUUUUAUUAUAA